AUGAAAAACGGGAUCAUAAGUAAUCAAAGUAAAAAUGAAAACAAGCAGACACCAUUAAAGCAAGACACUAUAGCACAUUUGAAACUUCCGGACAAGGGGGCCUACUUUAAUAACUUCAUCAUAGAAAAAUUCGAUAACAUAAAUGACAUUAGUUUAUAUUUGAGGGAGUCCAAUAACGUGGCUGACGGUGCACAGCAGGUGGGGGGGGACGAUGUGUUUGUGGUCGACCUCAUCGGAGCCGUCGAGGGGGGCGCGCUUAAAAAUGGCGAUUUGAGAAGUUCCCAUGGGAGAAGUAGCAGUGCCCGGAGCAGCAGAAAUGGGGGCACCCCCCCCUUGAGGAGUGCCAGAAAUAAGAGCGGUAGCCACGAUAGCAGUAAUCACGUUAGCAGUAAUCACGUCAGUAGCAACCACGUCAGUAGCAACCACAUCACGAGCAACCACAUUAGCAGCAAUCGCGCGGGGGGCUACCGCUCCAGCAAUAAUCGCUCCCUCAGUGACCGCUCCCCGAGUAGCCAGUCUAUGAGUAACCUCUUCCCAGGGGAUCGCCCCUCGGGUGACCAUCCCCCCAGUGAGCUCCCCCUCGAGGUCCUCACAAGCAGUAACCAAAACGGCAGCCUGAGCAGCAGCUAUAAGAGGAGGAAGUCCGAAGGAGAGGGUGGAAGCCCGCGCAAGCCAAACCGCGAGGCGAAAAAAUUUUUGACCAACAAACACCACGAAGUGGGGAUAAAAGCGGAGAGGAAGAGGAGAAGCAAAAGUGAUAUCAAUCAAGGGGAUAGGAAAAAAAAAAAAAAGUCGAAUGAAAAAAGGGAAUUUAGAAACGCCAAGCAAGGGCUAGGCAUAAGGAAUAAUAUGAUCAAUAAGAAUUCCUCAAAACGGAGGAGUAAACUGCAAAAGGGUUAUUCAGUUAGGAAGAAAAGGCACCUUAGGAGGGGGCAGUUAUCAUCCACGAGCAGCAGCAACGAUGGGGAAUUCAGCGCAAACAAGUAUAUCCUGGACAAAAUAUUUCUGUCCCUGAAAAAGAAGGGCAGUUCGAUGGAGCAACUGAACAACAGUUUUUAUAUUGAGUAUGACGAGAGUGCCGAUUUAGACGUCGGGGGGGAGGCGGACACGGAUUUGGAGCUAGCCGAGGGGGGGGCACUGGGUGGCUUCUCCGCCGCCGCAUCGGCUGGCGUAUCUGCUGCUGCAUCUGCUGGGAUAUCUGCUGGUUUAUCCGCUGGCUUCUCUACCAACGUUAAGUUCUCCGCUCCGGGCCGUGCUGCGCGAGGGACCGUGCGAGGAGCCCCCCAUGGAGGCCCCAGUCCCUACGCAGACAACGCUCUGGAGGAGCACUACCCGCCCGAGCCUCCCAAAAAUUCGCUUCUCAAAAAAAACAAUUACCACACACACCGCAACACAAACAAGGCGCACAGAACGAGGAAUGCUAACCAUUUGUAUAAACACCUAGACAGUAAAUAUAAGGAGCACCACCCGGGUGAUCUAAAAAAUGGGAAAAUCUUCCCCUCCCCCAAGAGCGGCAGUAACAAUGUAGAAUAUGACUGCAUAGGUUUCGUAUGUGAUGAAGAGUACAUGUGUAAGAACCUCCACUUUGAUGAAAAUCACGUCGAAAGCCCUGACAGAAUAAAAUGCAUUAUAAAAGCGUUGAAAGAAAAAAACGUAAUAAAUAAAAUGGUUCAAAUAAAAUGUAGGGAGGCUUUAUAUGAAGAAAUUAAAGAGUGCCAUACGAGUAGUCAUAUUAAUAAUAUCUUUUACUCCCUAAAGAGGAAAUUAAAAUAUAAGAAGAAGGAUGUUAUAUAUCCCUUUGAUAAGCACGACACUUACUAUACGUCCUACACGGGGACUGUUUCGAAGAGGGCCGUUGGGGGACUGCUAAAUCUAUGUGAUGCCAUUUUGUCCAAUAAGAAUGAAAAGUUUAAGUACAUCGAUUUUAAGAAAUCCUUUCGGUACAAUUAUAACUUUUUCAAGAACAUUCCGCCCAACAGUGUUAGAAGCUUUCUGGGGAACAGAAUUAACCACAACACUCAUUUGAAGCGCUCCAAGUCGGAGAGCAACCUGUACGUGAUGAGUCGAUUCGAGUCGCCCGACAUCGGUAGUGGCGCAGUUGGCGCAGUUGGCGGUGGUAGCAGCGGGGUAGGCGUCCUCAGCAGCCUUAGCAGCUUUAGCGGUAGUUCGAAAAAUAAGCAACCCUCCAAUAACACUGCCAAACGGGGUACUCACAAACCCGUCAGUACGUCCAACUACUGCUACAGCGGAAACCAGGCACCUAGUGAGCCCCACCCCAGUGAGGCACCCCCUGGGGAGGACCACUCGAGUGAGGUCCUUUCCACCCUCGCAGAACGUAACAAAGAGGAGAUUGCCCCCCACACUGGUGAGGCCAGCUCCCCCCAGGAAGGUGCCAACUUGACUGAAAAAGCCACCCCACCGGAGAAAUCAGAGGCAGGCACCGAAUUAGCGAACGUGAUUGAAGCGAGGCCCCCCACGAGUAGCUCCACGAAUAACCCCGCGAGUAAUCCUACGAAUGCCCCCACGAGUAACCCCCCCAAUAGGGAAGAAGUGCCCAUUUUCAACAAACCGUUUAGGAGCUACUCAACCUCCAUGUGCAGCGUCAAGGAGUGCAGCACCAGUAGCAACUCCUUCACUGACAUCAACUGCGGAUUUGCGGCCAUCAGACCGCCCGGUCACCACUGCAGUAGGAACAGCCCCUCCGGCUUCUGCAUAUUCAACAAUAUUAGUGUGGCUUGCAAAUACAUUUUUAAAAAAUAUGGUAUAAGGAAAAUCUUCAUUUUCGAUUGGGAUGUGCACCAUGAUAACGGGACGCAAGAAAUAUUCUACAGCGAUAAGGACGUCCUAUGUUUUUCCAUUCACAGAUUUGAUAAGAAGAAGGAUGAUGGGAAGAAGAAGAAAGGGGAGGGAGCUGCCAACAAAGGCGCUAGCACCGCUACCGGGGGGGGAGCCACAAACGGCGAAAAGGGGAAGAAGAAAGACGGUUCUGAUGAUAGCGGGAAGAAUAGCAAAGGAAGGAAGGGAGAAAACAACAAAGGUUCGAGUAAAACGUUUAAGGCAUACACGAAGGGAGCGUCCAUAUUGGGUCCCGCCUUGAGCACCACAGAGGGUGCCCUAUCAACCACGGUCGACACGAAAAAGACAGCUGCCAUUUCGAGUGACUCUUCCAACAGAACUGCAAGUAAUGCCACACAUAGUGAUGAUACGAAAAAGAAGAAAAAAAAAAAGAGGAAAAAAAAAAGAACCAAAGAAAAAAAGAAACUCAAGUCGUAUGAAGAAAAUUUAUUUUAUCCUCGCACAGGAGCGAAAAGCGAAUUGGGAAGUAAAAGCGGUUACAAAUUUAACAUCAAUGUGCCCCUCGAAAAAGGGUACAAUAAUUGUGACGUUUACUACGUAUUUAAGUAUCUACUCCUUCCUGUACUGGAAAAUUUUCAACCGGAAUUUAUUUUCAUAUCAUGUGGGUUUGAUGCUUCUAUUAAUGACCCCCUGGGGGAGUGUAAUCUCACACACAAUUUUUACCAGUGGAUGACUUUGCAGUUAAAAAAUUUCGCCAACAUUUUCUGCAAAGGGAGAAUUAUCCUCGUGUUAGAAGGGGGGUACAAUUUGAAUUACCUUCCCAAGUGUACCCUAGCGUGUAUCAAGGCGUUAAUCAAAAAGAACAAAAAUAGAAAGAAGGAGUACCCCCUCAUGCAAGAUUGGCAGUGCACUGGGAAGCUACCCACUGAGGGGGGAAUGCCCACAAAGGAGGGCGGAUUAUCGAUGGGUACCUCCCCUAAUGGAGUUCCCUCAAUGAAGGAAGCCCUCCCGAAGGGGAAUCACAUCAGUGAACCGAACGGGUUACUAAACAAAGAGGAGUUAACCCCCUCGAAUGAUUCCGCUUUUAGGAAGAUGCAAAAUUGGAGACAAGUUAAGCAUGGAAGUCUCAUCAAUAGUAAUCACAAAGAUAAUGAUCAUGUUAAUUUUUACAAAUUCAAAUGCUAUUCAGAUUAUUACAAAACGUCAAACAAGCAUUUGAAACACUUGGCUGGGAAGACAUACACUAGUAACAUGACGUCCAAGAAGAAGGAGCUCAUCACGACGGGAAAGCUACACUACUCCACAUACAAAGUGAUAAAAUACUUUCUGUGCAUCCUCAAAGGGGAUCCUUUCCACCUGAAUAUUAAACUACCACCAUAUAAUUCUUUUUUAAAAAAAAAAGGAUUAGAAAAUAAAAAAUUAAGUCUUGAAAGGAAAAUUAGUAUAUUCAAGAAGGUGGACACUCGAGCUGAUCAUCUUCGCCGUGAUGGAGGUAGUUAUUACCCCCAUUAUGGAGAGGGUCCUUAUCAGAAUGAUCUCCAUAGAGGUGGUAAUGCUGGCAGCCCUGGUGACGCCCCCUAUGAUGAAGACGACGGUGGAAUUAUGAAUUGCCAUGUGAAGGAGAAAAUAGAGCAAUUAAACAGGUACAACCAGACGUACAAGAAGCAGUACUCUCUGUCGUCCACCACCAUUUCGAACCUGUCGCACAGCGAUUUGUACAUUUCGAACGACGAACUUGACUACAACAGCUCCAGCUCAGACAGCAGCAGGAGCAGCAAAAGGAAGGUUAUCCUGCUGAAUAAGCUGAAACUGAAGAUAAGUAAACACGGCAAUGUGAGCAGUGCCCCCGCCGCGUCGCGUCCCAUGCCCAAGAUGGAAAAGAGGAGGAAGCGCCAGAAGCAGAAGCGGAAGCAAAAGCAGAAGCAGAAGCAGAAACAUAAGCAACUGCAACAGCAGAGGAAGACGUUUUCCAUUUUUAGCGGCAACAACCAGGAGUUCAAGGGAAUAGAAAUAUGGGACCUCACCAAAAUCCCCGAGGAGGAUGACAUAAUACAUGUCAGCGAUCACAAUAGCAGUGAAGGGGCUGGCCGGGCAGCUACCACCUGUGGAAAGGGAGGGGGAACAACCCCCAAUUUGAGUCUCACCCAGUGCCCUCCCCUCCAGAGUGACCACCAAGAUGCCCACCUUGGCUUCGACCUAACGAACUUGAAGUACUGCCAAGACCAGCUGCAGAACUCCUUCACCAUGUACACCCAGCGGAAGAAAGGAUUCAUAUUCUUCUACGGCAGUGGACACAGAAACCAGUGGAUACUACCUGCACAUAAGAAAAUUACACGCAUAAUUAAGCUUUGCUCCGAUUUAGAAGCCUACUUCUACGCUUGGUUGUAUCUAUGCUGUGGGAAAGAAAUGUGCAUUUCGGGCACGAUGGACGAUUAUGCCUCCAUCCUCGAAGAUGAAGUGACCGUGGAGGGGGUCUCCCUGAGCGUUGACCUAUCCGAAGAGCAGAAAAGGCAAGCCAAGGAGUUCUUGAAGUUUACCGUCCCGUGCUACUAUUCCUUUUUAAAGAGAAAGCAGUUGCUCCAGCUGGGUUACCAGGAAGGGGCUCCCCAAGGGGUUGAAGUGGUGCACAUGAAGGAACGUCUCAAAGAUAGCAGCCCCAAGGAUGAAACGGAAGGCAACCACAAUUGGAAGGAGCAAACCAUCGAUGAUGGAUUACACGAAAAAGAGAAAGGCAAAAGCAACCAUGAUGAUAGCUCGAAGGAAAACUCGAAAAAGAGCGAAGUGACGCUAAAUUUUGGUGAACACUGUACAAGCCAAAAUGUCGAUCGUAAAAGCGAAGGUAGUAACUUCCUAUAUGAGCAGAAUGAAGAAGAAAAAAAAAAUGCGAUGGAGCAGAAACGAAGUGACAGUGUGAACGACAAUCCAAGCAACACAAAACAGACUGAUGAAUCACUUUUAAAAAAUGAAAAAAAUAAAACUGCCAUUUGUUUAGCCAAUGUGUUAAGUACAAUGAGACACCCCUGCGUAAUGGAUGUAAAAAUGGGGGUCCGCUUAUAUGGUGAUGACUGUGAUGCGGAUUCUAUACAGAAAAAAAUUCAAAAGGCAAAGAGCAGAUCCUGCCUGUCCCACGGAUUCCACCUAACAAGCGUUAUAGGUUGGGACAAAAAAAAAGAAGAACCCUUUUUCAUAUCAAAGGAGGAUGCCCAUUCGAUAAAAAACGAUGAUGCUUUUGUGGAUGCCUUUAUGUCCUUCUUCUUAGCAUGUGACAAUGUACAUCUGUCUAAGCUGUUGUUGAAGAAGCUGCUCCUCAUUCUAGAACAUAUGAAGGCUUUCUUUGAAUCGCAGCAGCUAUUUGCCUUCUACGGGACUAGCUUGUUAUUCGUUUUUGACUCGGACCCCUCCAAGGAUAAGGGCGAUGACGGGGGGAGUGCCGACGUGGCAGCAAAUCCAACUGGCGACGUGACAGCAAACCCAACUGACGACGUGACAAAACUAACUGCUCUGAACAGCGCCAGCCUCGCAGUCGACCCAGAUGAAGAAAGAAGCAACGAACGGGAAAAGGAAGACCACGAAGAUAUUUUCAACUUUAGGGAAAAAAUGCAGAGCAUUUUUGAAGAAUCUCUAACGCCGGAAGAAAGGGACACAUACAUGCAGACAAAACUGAACUGCAAAAUUUUAAAAAGCGCCAACGUAUACAUAAUCGAUUUUGCACAUGCUAGUUUGAAUAGAAAUCAAAUAGACGAGGGGUUCCUGCUUGGAAUAACAUCUCUUCAUCGUAUUAUGAAAAAAACGAUUGAAAAGAUCCAGACCCUUUAUCUUCCCUAG